AUGGUAACUCCUCCACCUCUUCUGGGGCAGCAGCCCACCGCAAGGAGACUGAUGGCCGGCAGGCUCGGCUGCACGGGACCUUUCCCGCCGAUGUCACAGCCGUGCGCCCCGGGCCCGGGGGUCUCCGCCGCGCGCCAGCCCCGGAGGCCUAGCGCGCAGCCCGUGCCCUCGCCGCCCGCCGCCGCCGGGGAGAAGAAGAGGAGGCCCCCAGAGAGGUCCGAGGUGCUUCUCUCCAGGUCCUGGCCCUCGGCCACCCUAAAGAGACCGCCGGCCCGGCGUGGCCCCGACCAGGGCAGGACGCAGCCUCCCGCCCCUCCGCGUUCCUCGCCCCGGGCCUCGCCCAGCCGCGCGCGGACCCCGGCCACGUGCACUACGCCCCGGCCGGCUGGUUCUGGCCUCACUCCUGCAAGGGCCGCCUGCGCAGGGACCUCCACCGGGACUGGAGCCACCACCUCGGGGACGUCGGCGCGGGCGCGUGCGCGUGCGGGGACAGGGGCCCGGCCAGACGACUCCCUGCGCUUCUCCUUGAGCCUCACCCCCGAGGCCGUCCUGGUCAUCCAGAAGCGCCACCUGGAGAAGCGGCUGCUGGCUGAGCCCCGCAGGCCGUUCCCCGAGCCGUCGGCCGACCCCCGGCGCCUGCUGGGCCCCUGUUCCCUCGCCGGAAACGCCAGUCUGCGAAGAGGCGGCACCACCAGCUGCCCCGACGCGACCCCGGCCGCGAGCUUCGGCCGCCGGGCGACGCGAUUCCCGGGGCUGCCCGGCGGCCCGCAGGCGCCCGAGUCCGGCCCGCGAUCUGCCAACCUACGCUCGCUGCUCAAGGUGUCGUUACUCAACGAAAGGCACAAGUACGACGACGUGGAGUACGAGGAGGAGACCGAGGCCCUGGACGAGGGCCUGGUGCAAAAGUGCACCGACUGGCUGCGCGGCGUGGAGGCGGCGGCCGCAGCGCGGGGCCCAGCGGGGCGCCUGGGCGCGCUGCCUCACUUGAGCACGCUGUGA